ACUAAGAGAUAGCUUUUGCCUUAAGAAACACAAUACGGAAAAUGAGGUGAGUGUAAGCAAAAUAGUUAUGUCAACAAUGAGCAUGUCUCACAUCUGUGUAUUAUUAAUUAAAGUUUAUUUUCAGAUAACAGUUACCGGUGCGAUGUUUAAGCAACAGCUGUCGCCGCGAAGUGUCCACCCUUAUCAGACUACGGUGGUACCUCGUAGCGAUCAGCAAUUCUCGUCAGCAUCACAUCAAAGGGCUAAGUACCCCUGGGCCGAAGACGUUAACACACCAAUGUAUCAAGUAGCAGGCACAGACAGUUCUACAUCCGAUACAGCUUAUCAAGUGCCACAUUUUUAUAAUGGAUCAUUGAGAGAGUAUACUCAACCAUCAUUUGUCUAUCAAACACCCUAUGGCACAGGGACUUGGCGCAAUUAUAGAAAUAGUGAAAAAUUUUCUCAAAACAGCAACUCUGAGGCAUACACAUUUCCACAGUGUGCAUCUGCAUUUUCACUUCCAAUAUGUGAGGAACAACAAAAUGCAAGUCGGUCACCUAUCCCACCUGUGCCCUCCAUCAGUCCAGAAGUUCCUGUAAUUGGAGCAUGUGGGGGACAUUGUCCAGGAUUUGAAUAUGUGUGCUAUUAUAUUUUACAGGUGAUAUUUGUUGUAGGUAUAUUGACUGGAAUCUCAUUGUGUAUUGCGGGUUUUGUCUUGAGACGUACAAACCGUAAUGGUGAUCUUGGUGUGUUAGUUUACAUAGGUUGUUUAUCAUCUUGUGUAUGUGGUGUGCUUCUUGGCGUGCAAUGCUGUGUUCAUAGAGAGAUAAGACAACGCAAGUUGAGAGCUAAUAUGCACAUACCGAUGCAACCCAUACAGGACACACCAGCCACAGCUUGCCCUCUGUUGACAGCCACAUUACCUCAUACUCAAAUCUACAGACCUACUGUUGACAUUUGUGCAGAAGAUGAGACUGGCGUACCCUGGUGGCGGCGUUCAAACAGAGACUGACUACUUAUAAGUAUUUUAAUAUUAAAAAGGUGUACAGAAAUAAUGUUUAAGAAUGAAAUUUAUACUAUGAUCUUGUAAUUUUAUAACUUUGUAUAUUUCUCGAUAUUAAAUCCUCUUUGUCAACGUGUACUUUCAAUAAGGUUG